AUGGCGUUUCCGCAUGCCAUGGGCCUGUUGCCCUCCGAAGUGGCCUUCCUUUGCGAAAUGGAAAUGGUCACUGUCAUCGCUCGGCAACGGAUCGAGCGCCUCGACUUACUGGGGGGCCCAACGAAGACACUGAUACCACCACAACGCGCCAACUUGCCUCUGUGGCUUGCAAUCCUCCUCAAGCGCCAGAAACGCGCAAAUAUCAUGCCUCCACCAUGGCUCUACGCCGACUCGCUCACAGAGAUACUCGAGCUGGAAACACAGCACUUUCAAGAAUCAUUUGCGCCCGCCCAGAAUCAACCGCAAGUGAAACAGCCCGACGCGACAGGGAAGCCUUUCAUAGCGUCUGCGCCGUUUCUAGAAUCAUGUACUGCCGGCGCCGCCCCCAACGCCCUACCCUACCAUUGGUUCGAAGUGGCCGAAAUGCUUCUCGAUGUCGCGGCCGACGAUGUGCCCGGCGUGGACGACGUACGGAACUUGAUGAGAGACCUACGAGAAGUCCGGUUGGCCAAGAUGCGGAGGGGCAUUGAAGAAUUGACUGGUGAUUCGGGGGUGAGGCUUGACGGUGUAGGCGCGCUGGAGAUCUCGGAGAGCAGAGGCUUGAUCACGGGGGUGAUGGACGGGUUGCGCAAGAUCGGCGCUAGCAGGGAGCAAGGGCGGAGGGAGCGGGAAGAGGAGGAGAGGGAGAACAGACGGUACGAACAGGACGAUGACGAGGACAUGCUGUGA